UUAAAGCAUUUAUCGGCCGAUAAUAUCGGCAGUCCGAUAUUAUCGGACAUCUCUAGUUAUGAAUCGUUUUUUUCCUUGCAUAUUUUUUUUUUAUUGCUAAUCGUUGAGCGUAAGUAAAAGCAUUUUUAAGUGUGUGUGGAGUUUUGGCAGCAAUUUCAUUGUUUGACAAGAGUUACCAGUUUACUAUGAAUUGAUUAACGUGGACCCCGACUUAAACAAGUUGAAAAACGUAUUCGGGUGUUACCAUUUAAUGGCCAAUUGUACGGAAUAUGUACUGUACUGUGAAAUAUAUUUAAAAAAGUUUCAAUCAAUCAAUCAAUUAAUCAGUUUAAAAAAAAAAACUACGCGGUCUCUUUAAAUCUGUAGUACCGCCCACUUCCGCGUUCCACGUCCUCGCCAAAUCCCAAACAAACAUGGCGGCGUAUUUACGUAGCGUCGCUCUCCCGGCAGCUUUAGCGCUCAUACCGCUGGUCCUGGUUGUGUUUUUUGCCGCGGGUUGGGAUUGUUGGUGGCUGCUAGUGUCUACGGCGCUCGCCGGCCUGCUCGCUGUUCUUUUGCUGCGGUGGAGAAGCGACGGGACGGAGCGGCGGGUGUGCGUGCUGGUGCUGGGGGACAUCGGCCGCAGUCCCCGCAUGCAGUAUCACGCCUUGUCCCUCAGUAAACAUGGCUAUCAUGUGACUCUGGUCGGAUUUUUAGACAGCAAACCUCACAAGGAUGUGCUGAGAGAGGAGAGAAUUCACAUCAUCGCAAUCGCAGAGGUGAAAGGCAUCAGAGGGGGCCCAAAGAUCCUGACAUACGUGACGAAAGUCCUCGUCCAGUUUGUGCAGCUUCUGGUGGUGCUGCUGAGAAUGAAGCUGCAUGCUCAAAUCCUAAUGCAGAAUCCCCCUGGUCUGCCCGGCAUAGCGGCGGCCUGGCUGGUGUGCGUCCUGCGAGGCAGCCGCUUGGUCAUCGACUGGCACAACUACGGCUUCACCAUCAUGGCGCUCUGCCUGGGCAAAACGCACCUGCUUGUGCGCCUGGCAAAGUGGUAUGAACAUGUUUUCGGCACCCUGGCGACUCACAACCUGUGUGUGACCAACGCCAUGAAGGACGACCUGCGCCGGAACUGGGGCAUCAAGGCGACCACUCUCUACGACAGACCGGCCGCCAUUUUUAGGGAGACGCCGCUGAAGGCGCGGCAUGAACUUUUUGUGAGGCUUUCACGCACGCUUCCCGUGCUCCAGUGCAGCAGGGAGGAUGAUGAUGACGAAGCAGUCGAGGCGACCGUCUUCUCCGUGAGGGACCUCGCCAAGGACACUGUGACGUUAAGGCCGGGCCGACCCGCCCUGCUGAUGAGCAGCACAAGCUGGACAAAGGAUGAGGACUUCUCCAUCCUCCUGCAGGCUCUCCAAGAAUACGAAGGUUUUAUUCAAGGAGGGACGUCUUUGCCGGCGCUCAUCUGCAUCAUCACAGGCAAAGGUCCUCAAAAGGAACACUACAUGAAGACCAUUGACUCUCUGAGUCUGAAGCACGUGAAGAUCUGCACACCCUGGCUGGAGGCAGAGGACUAUCCUGUGUUGUUAGGUUCAGCUGACUUGGGUGUUUGUCUCCACAAGUCGUCCAGCAAUCUGGACCUGCCCAUGAAGGUGGUGGACAUGUUUGGCUGCUGCCUGCCCGUCUGCGCCAUCAACUACAAGUGCUUACAUGAGCUGGUGAAGCACGAAGACAACGGACUGAUCUUCAGAGAUGCUCAGCAGCUGGCUGAGCAGCUUAAAUCUCUUCUCUCAGAGUUUACCAACAUCGACGGCAGACUUGGCGUCUUCAGGAGGAACAUCCGUACCAGCAGAGGGCAGCGCUGGGACGACAACUGGGACCAAAAUGUCCUCCCGCUUAUGUCUUCUUCCUGACUGGACUGGGAUUCUUCGCUUUUGUACUACAAGCAGCAAUUAUGACUGAGCACUGAGAACUUUUCUUCUCCUGCAGAGACACUUUAUGGGAACAUUUGUAAAUAAAACCAUCUUUAAUGUCAGGCGUACAA